AUGUCGAAUCGCGUCGCACGUGAGAAAAGUGACAUUUCUCUAAGGAUAAAUGUAAAUUAAUAUUUUUCGUGUCAUAGAAAUCGAAAAGAGCGUGAGUUGGUGAAAAAAAAAAAAAAAUGGAAAAAAUGGAAAAAAAACGAAUAAAAACCCGCGCGUCGAACGAACACCGACAAACAUAUUCGAAACGCUCGUUUUCGUACUGCGAAUGUUUUGAUUUUUUUUUUUUCCGAUACCUACAACACUAUUACAAUAAUAUUAUUACAACUAUUAUCGUUAUUGUUAUCGAUCGAUUGUAUUUAUUGACAGGCAUCCGGUUUUGUCGCCGUUGCGUUACAGAUACUCGUCGUGACAUUAUUGAAGCGGCCGGCGCCGGUCGCCGGGAUCGGGCUGCCGGUGGACCAGUUGACCUACGUCGUCAGCGGCGCUCGUCUCGAGUGGACGGACCCCGGCGACCGGCGCCGCGCCACGGAAUCGGGCGAGUACGUGGCGCGAAACGUGAUUCCCACCAGGAUGGCGAUGAGACACGACGGGAUCAUAUACCUGGCCAUGCCCAGGUUCAGGCGCGGCGUGCCGUUCACGUUGGGUGCCAUCGAGUGCGAUCCGUGCACGAGCACCAUCGAGCCGCCGAUCUUGCCUUAUCCGUGCGCGGCUGCUCACCGGCCGCGUCCGAAGCUCGACGACAACAACAACAACAAUUGGACCAUGGUCAACGUCGUGGACGUGUACGUGGACGACAGCGGACUGCUGUGGGCCUUGGACGUGGGCAAGGUGAACCUGCUUCAGCAGGACAACGCGAUCGUCGUCCGACCGCCCAUGGUGUUUGCGUUCGACACGGACACCGACGAAGUGAGUACGGUCAUUAUUAAUAUAUAAUUGUUAUAUUUGUAUUUACACCGUAAAUGAGAAUUUUAUGUGUAUCGCGAGUAGUUAUAUAAGGGGGCUUCUGUAUCACCCCGCAAUGACAGGCAAGCCAGUUACCUCUCCCACCCAUCCCCUCCACUUCCGGUUUCCGCCUCACCGUCAACCAAUUUGUUCACGCCAAUUCCGCUUUUCUUAUCGCACUUCCGUUUGCUUAUCAGUUGUUGUCACGUCGUCAUCUCUUAUCGGUUAUUGUUUAUCCUUAAUAAUAUGAUGUUAUCUCUUAUCCGUUGUUGUCACAUACUCUGUUAUAACAUACUCAUACCAUAGCAUAUACUGCGAUCUUACCAGCUAUUAACAGCUGUUUUCCGCUCUAAAAUGAUCUUAUCACAAUGGGUACACCACUUGAACCACUCACAAUCACUUGUUGUCUUGUUAACAUACCGUCAUAUCGUCAUAGGUUGUGUGAAGGCGGAGUAGGGUAGCUUUGCGGGUAAUGAGGUAGAGGUAGAGUGACCUAGCUUUGUGAGAAACAGGUGUUAGGAUAAAGUGAGUACGUGGAAGAUAUGACGGUGUGAUAACAAAACAACAAAUGAUUGGGCGUGGUGAAUCCGUAGUGAUAAAAGCAGUUUUAGAGCGAAUAAGAGCUGGUAAUACUGGUAAGGUUAGGUAACUCGUGGUAUAUGCUAUGGUAUGAGUAUGUUCUAACAGAGUAUGUGACAACAACUGAUGAGUGAUACCAAGUGACAAAGAAUAAUGGCGUGUCAGCGACUGAUAAGAAAUAACAUCUGAUAAGAAACCAGAUGUAUGAUAAAAAAAACGGAAGUGGGUGUGGCUUAAUAGGUCGAUGAAGAUGUGGAAACCGGAAGUGGAGGGGAUGAGCAAGAGGAGUAACUAGUUUGCCUAGUUUUAUGGGGGACCCAGAAGCCCCCUUAUUUUCUACUAAAGCUUUUAUAGUAUACAAAAUAAUAAUAUAUUAUAUAAAUAUUUCUAACCGGUGCCUGGUACCCCUAAAAAAUGUCAACAGGUGCUCGGGCCCCCGGCAUCCAUGUACGUGGCGCCUAUAUAGUCAGGUUAUAGCAUUAAACGGUCGCUGUGUUUAAAUACAGAGAAUAGAUUUUAGAUAUAGUUGUAUUCUGAGUUAAACACUGUUAAGAUGGUAAAAUUAUUAUAUUUAUCAAAAAACUAUAUUAUUAUAUUACUAUAUUAACUAUAAUAUACUUUAAAUACAAAACAAAAAGUAAUAAUAGAGAAUGGGGUAUAGAAGUAUAGAGUUGUAAUAUAGCCGAUCCCACGUUUUGGAACGAAGAGGAAAAAAAAAGAAUUUGAAAUAUGAAAUCAAAAGUUAAAAUUCAAUAAAUAUUCCUUAAACGAUUUUUAACUUGACACUAUAAUUUUCAUAUACGUACACAUUGCUACACUAACCUAUUGAAAACAGAAGUUUUAUUUUUCAUAAUAUUGACGUUAGCCCAAUAAAAGAAUAAAAAAAAUUCAAUAAAGUAUUGUACCGCGUGUAUAAUUUAUGUAUCGCAUAUCUUGGUAAAUAUAAAAGGUGUAUUAGUUAGAUAGCCAUACUUAUUUUAUUUAAAUUAAUAACUUACCUAGAUUUUAGAUUGAUUGUGUAGCGAGGAAUAUAUACCAGUAUACCUAAUGAUAUUUAUUUAUGUAUUUUUUCUUUUAUGCUUUGAAAAACUUUUCUGCCAGAAAUCUUACUCCGAUGUAUCAAAGUACCAAUAAUGGAUCUUGAUGUAACAACAUCUUUUCUGAAAGGAAAUUUUAUCUGCAUGGUUUUUCGGUUUGAAGGUCAAUUUUGAUUUCCGAACGGUUUUCAUAAUAAUUGGCAAAAACGGUGAUUUUAUUAUUUUCAAUUUUGUUUGGUUAAUGUAAUUCAGUUGAAAGUAUUCGUAAAGACUUGAAUUUGGAACUCAUUUUUGCCUUUUCUAAAUGUGGUAAAAUGUUGAAAAUAUUUGGGCCAUUUUCUAACUUUUUAUAAACAUUUUAAUUUUGAAAGUUUUUUUGCGUAAUUUUUAUUUGUUUGGUACUCGGUUAUGAAUAAAACUGUUAGACUUAGAACAGAAAUGCAUGCAAAUUUCAUAGGAGAUUCAUUAUAAGUCGUAUUUUAUGGUAAAAAAAAAUUCAGUUUAAUGUACUUAUUUUUUUUUUUUUUUCAUAAGAAUUUUAAUAUCAAAGGUUGACGAAAAUGAUAACUGUUACGACUUUUCAAAACGUGUGUAAUCGAACAUAAUUUAAUCGUUGCGUACAGAUUUGUGUAAUAUUUAUAUUCAAAAACAAUAAGUAAAAUGUAAAUUACAUACUUGUAUACAUAUAUUAAUGCUUUACUUUAAUGAAACACGAAUAUAAAAUAUACAUAUAUAUAUUCAUACGGGUGAACGAUUAGAAUACGAUGUUAUGAAAUGUAAAAAGAGUUCGUAUUCCUGAUAGAAUCGAAUCUAUAUCCAGUUUUCGAUAGAACCUAUGUAUAAUGUCAAAGAGAUUUUGGAAAGUGAAUGCGUAAUAAAAGCUAUAGGUGUCUAUUGUUAAAGUUGGGUGUAAUGAUGAUAUUGGCCAAUAGGAGCUUAUUAUCAAUUUCCUUUGAUAGUUGGUAUAAUAAUAUUAUCUGACAUUCUAUAGAAAUCAAACAGUUUGGUAUCUAUACAGAAAAAUGUAUCCAUCUAGUAAACGAAGAUUCUCGAUAUUUUUGCGAAAGAACACGCGGGUUUAGCUAUUGUGUAAGUACUCGUUGAUUUAUGGUACUACGAGUAGUUAGGUACGUGCAUACAUGAAAGGUUAUUUCACUUAGGUUAAAUUAUAAAGCUCUGGAUAUUAGACGUUAGUAGACUAUUUUGGUUAAAAAUACGUAAGAGAAUCUUAAAGUUAAUAGGAGUACGUGGGCCUUUUGCACACCUACCAGUCGGCAAAAUAAUUGUUUCUAAUAUCAAAUUAUCAAAUCAGUAAACUUAUAAAAACUUCGAUUUUAUUUGAUUAUUAGUUUGAAAAUUAAAGUAAGAAAAUGAAAUGGGUUUGAUAAUUGUGAAUAAAAUUACAAAAACUAUCUUAACUAUGGUGACGGCCAGAAACGACUAUUUAUUAAUACCGACUGUAAAUAUUGAUUAGUUUCCAUCACAUUGUAUACUAUACCGACUUCUUAGUAGACUUAAAAUUUGCACAACCAACUAGCAUUACAUACAUUAAAAUAAAUCGACUAAUUACUGGUUAGUCAACUAAGUUAGUUAUUGGUCGUUUAGUAAACUAAAAAUUAUUCAUUAGUCGUGGAAUAAAUUUGUCUCGUUAAAUAUGUCGACUAAAUUAGUCGAUAGUACUACCGACUAGGCCAGUAUAGGAAUUAGUUGUACUCGUCACUUUAAUAAUAUUAACGAUGAAAAAUAUAAUAAUAAAAACCGUCAUUAUCACUUAUAUUUUGAGAUACUUUUUUCAUGUAAUAAUGGUAAGGAUAGUAAGUACUAUAACUUAUAAGUAGAAACUGUUGGGACAAUAUCUUGCAACACUAAAGAUUGUGAACGAAGUUUCUAAUCACACGAGAGAAUUUCUGUAAAAAAAAAAAAAAAGUAGAAUAGAAAUACAAUAAAACCAAUUCGUUUUAUAACACUGCAGAUAAUGGGGAAAACAUUUUUUAAUUUUUCUUUUUGUCACAAGAAUUCUACCUAAAUUGCAUAAAUACAAGUUUUAUACAGUUUUAUAUAAAUUAUAAUUAAUUAAUUUUGAUAAUUUACUUCCGUGUUUCAUAAAUAAAUAGUUUAUGGCUGCCUUUUUUUUAUAUUGAAGUUUUUAUAUUAACUGAUAAAAUAUUAAUAUUAUACGGAAUUUUUUAAUUAUUAUUAAGCGUUUUUUUUUUUUUUUUUUACAUUAUUUUCCGUAGUUUAUAUUAAUUUUUACAUCUUACUGUUUUUAAAAACUAACAAGAAAAUAACAGCAAGUCAAUAGACAACACUAAAAAAAGGAUUUUAUACUGCAUUUUUUAUUAUCAAUUAGUAAUAAUUACUAUAAAUCAAUAUUAAUUUAUUAAAUUUCCAACCAAACUAAAUUAUAAAUCCAAUUAUUUAUAUACCAAGUAACUAUGUAAACAAUUUUGAAUUCGGAGCGUAUAUUAGCGAUAUACAAUAAUGUUAUAUUCUUUUUUAUACCUGUGAACAACUUUUCUACCAGAAAUCUUCUCCGAUUUUCAAGUGCAGUACUUUUUCUGAAAGGAAAUUUUAUCUGGAUGGUACUUGACGCAGGUCGAUUUUUGAUUUUCCAGGAGGUUUUCAUAAUAAUUGAGAAAAACCGGAAAAAAAGGGAAAAUGUACAUAUAUAUAUAAAAUAAACUUCGUAUCUACCGAAAUGUUUUUCGUUAGCAAUGGUUAAAUACGGUUAGGUAAAAGUUUCGUACUGAUAUAAAUUAAAUUGCAGUCAAUAUACUACAUUCUCAACUUCUCACCCACAACAGUGGCCCGCCCAUCGUGCGAAGUAUUUCGCUCAUUUGUAUUCAUCAUUUUAUAAUAAUUUUAUUUGGUUUUUUUUUUCUUUUGAAAUAAUGGUUUAAAUAUAAUUUGUAUUAUAACAUUUGUAUGAAGAUAAAAAUAACUUUCCAUAAUUUAUAAUUAAUAAAUUUUAAAAUUUGUAUCCAUUCGGUUUCAAUAUAAUAUUUGUCUUACGGAUAUUUUUACUCUUUUUUUUUUUAUUUUUUUUUUUUUUUGACAAGUCAUUCGCUGACACUCGAACAUUUUUUUUUUAUCGAUUGCCGAGUAUUUGAGACGCAUCUGUUGAGAGUGUUAUGUAUUUAUGAAAAACGUUUCGCUCCGCUCAGAAUAUUGAAUACAAAUCGCAACGUAAUAUCGGUACACGCAAUAAUCUAACACGAAACGCAUGUUAAAGCAUUGCAUUCGACGAAGAAAUAUAUUUCCCGUCGGUUCACUUAGAACGCGUUCGUUUGUAUGCUAAUGUAUACGAUUAACGAAUCAUUAGUCAGGUGAAACUUGAUAAAUGUUAUUGGUAGGCAUAGGCACCUGAAUUUUAAUUCGAAAAUCAUUUAAAAACCUUUAAAAGCAAUGUUCGUCUCUGAAUUCGAUUUCCGUGUAAAACAACUCAGAAAAACCCAGUUGAAAACGUUAAGCGGCCGGCACAAUGUAGACUACGCCGGAUAGAUAAUCCGCGUGCAAACCGGAUAUUUUCUUAAUAAUCAAACAAACGUUUCCGAUUACACUACGAACCGUGUAAUAGUGCAGCCCGUACAAACUACUGGGUCUACAUCGCAGUCUGUCCACGCAUAAUAUGAGCGGGCGCCAUUUCGAAUAUUACAAUAUCAAACGAAUCCGAAUUGUCUAGGACAGGGGUCGGCAACCUGGGGCUCGCGAGCCACGUGCGGCUCUUUCCGUCUAAAGUUGCGGCUCUCCAGCUGCACACGCAAAAAUUAAUAUUUUAGUUCAAAAACAAUAUUUUAUAAUAUAAAAAAAAAAAAGUAUAUUAUUUUUGUUGCUUUUGGAAACAUGAAAUAAUACAUCACAAAAAUAAUUUGACAGUGCCCGCAUGGAGUACAGUCUAUAGUUGUAAAAUGUUUUUUAUAUGUUAUCUAAUAUAAUCGCGACGCUAUCUACAACUAAUUGGUCAUACGCCGUCACGCCAAGACAUGCAAAGCCAAUGCUCCCAUUGAUGUAUUNUUAUUAUUAUGUCUGUUAAAAUUUAAAAAUAAAAUUAUAUUUAAAUACUUCAGAAAAUUUUUAGUGGCUCUUUAAAAUCUGGAAAAUUUUGUACAUUGUAACUUUUGGCUCUUCCGUCAAAAAAGGUUGCCGACCCCUGGUCUAGGAGUAUCGAGAACCGAGCGUACCGAUUGAACAAGGGCAAUUGAUAAUGAUUAUUAUUAUACAGUUCUAAGGAAUCGCAAUAUCGUUUAUCGUUUACCGCACGAUAAAUUGUCUUUGGGCAAAGGGAAAUAUUUCGCGGCGCAAUACGCACCUAUAUAUUACCUAUGUGUACUCACCGCAGGGUGCGUAAAUGUGAAUAAUUUGGAAUUUGAUUCGAUUUGAAUAUCGCCGUCUUUGUACUGUAUUAUGGGUAAUAUCAAAUUGCUCGCGGGACCGAACGGCAAAUUAUUGUUGUAGGUAUACGCGAACAAUAUAGUGGAUACGCGGGGGAACCGAAUAAUAUAGUAAAUUAUAAUUAUUCAAAUUACGUAUUGAUUUUAUCGCCCGAAACUGACGGGGGGGNGGGGGGGGGGGGGGGAUGACGGUUUUCCAAACGCGGACGAGACGAAAAACUUCAUAUUAAUAUUGUGAUGUGGAAAUAAUAAUAAUCGUGAGAAGAAGAAGAAACGAAAGGGGGAAAUUUGCUCCGGCGUUGGGGAGGCGGGGAGGGGGAAGGAAUAAUAAUAAAAAAAUUUAUACCGUCGCGGUUAUAAUAGCGUUCGAGCGGUAAUAAUACUGAUGGUAUUGAUAUUGUAUUUUAAUUAUAAUUAUGUAUGUUUACCGCCGCGCACGGCGGUAGUUGUUUAAUAAUAAUAUUAUUUCGUAAUUAGAACGCAACGGGUACAAAGAUUACAAUUGUAACGAUAUAAUUGAAUAACAUCUCGCGUCUAACCGUAAUGGUAUUUAUUAAUGAUCAAUACAUUUGAUAAUAUAAUUUUUAUCAUAACAUUGUGUUGAAGAAAAAUAAUUUUCCGCGAUUUAAAAUUUUUAGUUACCUAAAUAAUUAUUGAAAAACUGAAAAAAAAAAGUCUAUUUUUGUCGUAAUCUAAACCUUUCUCGGCAUGGGGAAAGAAGGGGGGUGAAGGGUUAAAAAUUUAAGGGAGUACACGUUUUUAAUUUAGUAAGUUUUAUUUUACCACCCUAACGUAUCAAUUCAAUUCCAAUAUGAUAUUUGAAUAUUUUUGACGCCGGUCGACGUAGAAUUAUGCGUUUUGCAUCGACGACACUGCAGCUUGGGCGCAACCGCAGGGAUGUUUUAAGCAUCUGAGCCCCAUGCUCCACCCCUACAUCCGUGUAUUUAAGUAAUGUAGAUGUGACGUGUGUUUUUUUAUUUUAUUUUUUUGUUACAUUCGUAGAUAUAUAACACCCCCCCCAAACAAUACCCCCAACCAUUCCUGGUUGUACCGCUAUACAGGCUACACACGCUAUUUGCGCGUUCUAUACAGCAAAACUUGCAUGCGAAUAAUAAUCCUAGUACUACACUUGCAGACAGUGGCGUGGAUAUGAUUUAAUUCGGGGCGGGGAUAGAUACAUUUUUGAGUAAACCUAGAGUGAGAGCUUCACAUAUUUUUUUAAAAUACUGCCGUACACAGUUAUGUUUUAUAUUAUUUAAUCUAAGCAAUAAAAAACAAAAACAAAACUAAAUAAUUAUUAACUAUAUUUUAGAUUCUGAGUGUAGCAAAGAAUGAAUUGGUUUUACAAAGAUGUUUAUUUUUUUUAUUGUUUUAUACUGUGUGAAAAAAUUCUACCAAAAACUUUGCUUUGAUAUAUACGAUGUAAACCUUUUUCUGGAAGGAAAUUUUCUUGAGGUAGUACUUUUAGGGAGGUCAAUUUUUGAUUUUCCUGGUAGUUUUCCCAAUAAAAAGGGAAAAAAUGUAAGAAAAACAGGAAAUUUACGAUUUCCGUUGCUGUAUUAUUUUUUCAAUUUUAUUUUAUUUUAGUUAUUUAUUGUAAUUCAACUAAAAAUAUACGUAGAGACUUGAAAUUUAAACAGAAUUUAUAUUUGUUUUUUCUAGAAAUAGUAAAUUUUUUAAAAAUUUUAGCCAUUUUUGAGCUAAUUAUAGACAUUUCAACUUUGCGAAUUUCGUAAGUAAUUUUUAUACGGUAUAGGUACACUGUGGUAAAAUUAUCAGACCUAACAGGAAUGUUUGAAAAUUUAACAGGAGGUUUAUUAAAAGUCUUACUUUGUGGUCCAAAAAGAAUUUUUAAUGUAGUAUUUUUUUUUUUUAAAGGAAUUUUACCAUUAAAUUUUGACGAAAAUCGUUUGAGUAAAAAAUGUGGAUCAUAAUUUUUCAAUUUUUUUGUUUUGAAUAUAUGACUGACUAAGUUCCGAAUUAAUAGCUUUUUGAAUUUCUGAUAUUAUACAGAAAUUAUAUAAUAUUAUGUUAAAUAACUCUAUAUAGCCUUCUUUAAAUUAUGUUUGUCGUAAUCGAAUGGUUAUAGAUACUUAAUGUCAUCCUAGGGUUCGCGAGUCCAAACCCGGGUUUCAAAAAAAAAAAGUUUGCCUUUGUUUUUUCCCUUUUAUCUAAACAGAGAAAAAACAAAUGCAUUUCAGGUGUAUCUGGAGACCUAAUUAUCUCUCGCUCGGACUAUUUUAAUCAAAAAAUACCCCUCGAUUUGUUGUGCAAACUUUCCUGCAAGAAAUCUUCCUUCAAUUUUUAGUAUAGCACUUUUUCCGAAAGGAAAUCUGACUGGGAAGGUACUUUAGAGAUCAUUUUUUAAUGUUCUUAGGAGCUAUUGUCAAGAAAUGGAAAAACCGGGAAAAACGGUAAAAUCGGUACAAUAUUAAACUAAUAUUAUUAAAGAAAACAUAUAAUGCCUAUUUAAUUAUUUUACCAUGAUAUGACAUAUAUAUUGUUGACAAAGCAUCGCUAUCAACUGAACUCCGCUCAGAAUCGUUUUUCCGUUAUGGUUUAUGGUUGCUUAUAUAUAUAUACAUAUUAAAUUCCCUUCUGUAUCCUACCUUCCUAACUUCCCACCUAUAACAGUGACUACACCCGUUCCCAUUAUCCUAGUAGAUUUUUUAUUUGAAUAUAAAACACUUUGAAAUAAUUGUAAAUUGUCCCAAGGAUAUAAAUUUUAAAAUGUUAUUCAAAACAAGCAAGGGACACAUUUAUCAGUAAUUUAGGGUGGGGAGCGAAGGUCUGAGGUAAAGAUUAGUGGGUGAAAUAUUUUGUAGGAGAAGGGGUGGCAAUAAAACAGUUUCGUCCCGGGGCGCAUAUAUUCUAAAUACGCCUCUGUGUAUACCUUACUGUAUAUUUAACAGAAUAUUGGUCCCAAAAGUGCAGUCAUAGUCACAACGUUUCAAAACAUCAAUAGGAGUCAUAGGUAAUAGUUAUUGCUUCUCAUUGAGUCAAUACUCGUGCCAAAGGGCCAAUUCUCCAGUUAUGUUUUUUUUUUCAAAUAUAUCUCUGGGUACAUUUAAAUAAUUCGAUACCUACUACUAAGGCACCAAAUUUAUUUAAAAUCUUGUUUUCCAUUUUAGUCUUGUCGUCAAAAAUAUCUUUUGUCUCCACUAUAUUCAGGAGAACUACAUCAAGAUCAUAUACUGAUAUUGACGAUUUUUCAUUAUGACACAUAAUAUUUAUAGCUGAAUGUUAUUAUAUAUAUGGAAUUCGAUAGUAUCCUUGUGCAAACAUAGAACAAUUAUCGCUGUGGAUUCCCCUAAACUUUGUACAAUCUAUUAUAUUAUAUUAUUAUUAUAUUGGAUUAUAUUAUAUUCUAAUCAUUAGAAUUUAGGUUAUAACUUAUAUUAGAAUCACGGGCGUGCUCGGGGGGGAUAGAUUCAUGGGGUUUAACCUCCCCCCCCCAUUGGUCGUUUUUUUUUUUGCAAUCAGUUCGUUUUAAAUUUGUAACGGAUGUGAAAAUUCAUUGUGGCAUUAUAUAGUUUAUAUUUACAAUUACAAUAUAAAUUUAUAUGUUGUACUAAAAAAUUAAUGAUAAAUUAUUAAAAAUAAAAAGAGCAUUUAAUUUCGCACUGUUAUUUUUAGAUUCUUAGAAAAAUGUACUAGUUUUACAAAGACGUUAAUUAUUUUUUUGUUAUGUGAACACUUCUACUACCAGAAAACUUGUUUCGAUUUCCAAGCAUAGCACCUUUUCUGAAAGAAAAUAUUCCCUGGGUGGUUUAGAGGUUAUUUUCUGAAAUUCUUAUUAAUAUUCGAAAUAAUGAAGAAAAUCCGGUUCAUUAGAUUAAAACAGAUUGGAAGACUAAAAAUAAGGUUGUCAUUGGCAACCAUUUUUAUUAAUUUUUUUUUUAUUAUUUUAAUCUUUUGUAAACAAUCAUUGUUGUCAUGAAAACGCUAAUUGUUAUAAUCAUUUUACCAUAAUAUGACAUAUACCGUAUAUCGUAGAAAAAGCAACACUAUCAACGAAACUCCGCUCAGAAUCGUCUUUUGGUUAGUAAUGGUUUAUCCGGAGUCGGUGAGUUGUGGCCCAAUCCCUUGUCAUGGAAACGAGCAUUAUUGCAAUUUUUUUUCUCUCGGAAACACAUAAGAGGAUCUAGAUUUAAUUAAAUAAUUCAUAACGAUAAUAAUAAGACACUAUCUUUUUAUUAAAUUUUAUCGAUAUUUCGAGAAAAUGGCUAAUUAUUUAAAAAAGAUUGGAAAUAAUUGGAAUUAGUAUAACAUAAGCCAAUACGGUGGGUAUCACCAUUAUUGUAAAUAUAUUUUUAAUUUUGUUUUCGUAGUUUGUAUGAUAUGGUUACCGUAUUGGAUUUUGUGUACCUAAAUUAAUGUCUUAUACAUCAUGUUCUUACUGUCAUGGACUUGUAGUCUGUUGAUAAUACGCCUUACAACAUGCCCUAUAUGAGGUGUUUAAAUUUUUUUUUUAUACAUUUUGUUAAAAUAGCAAGAGUCUUGCGCAAGACCAAGACUAACGUGUGUACCAAAGACCAAGACUGACUCUGCACAACUAAGACCAAAACCAAGAUUUUGAAAGUCUUGGUCUUGGUCUUGUUUUGAUCAUCACUAAGUAUGGUGGAAAAUAUUUUAUCAUCACACUCGCGGUAAGUGCUUGAAGAGCUGGUUUUAAAACUAUGUUAGUUCUGCUAAAUUUGCAACUCCACAAUUUGUGACAACGAGUGAAAUAAAUGUAAUAUUAAAAAAAAAAAAACUUUGGGGGGGGGAAUUCAUUCCCAUCAUCCCACCCCAUAACUACGCCACUGCUUGCAGGCAUAGUGAAUUCACCCGGAAACUCGGCUGUGUUAUUUUCCCCGUCUGUCAUCAUAAUAGUCAUAACUAAAUUACAUCCCCGAACCUAUGAAACUGCGCUUAAACGUUAAGAUUAUGGAUGAAAUACCUACAGCGUGUAGAAGAUAAAGAUAAUGUUAGGUGGAAUAUAAUAUUUAAUAUGCGCCGUAACGUUGUCGUUAAUUUUCCAGCUUUAUUUUAUAACGUACUAAAUAUUUUUAAAAACCAAUAUCUGAUAGUUGAUACACAUUUAAUUUGAUGGAUAUAUUAUCAUACAUUACGGUCGAUUAAAUUGACCAAAAAAUUGUUCAACUGUAAAAAGUCGUAUGAUUAAUAACUAAAAGUUCGAUCACCAUAAUACACGCUUGAAUGUGAAACACAACGGUGGGGAAGGGCACAAAUAAAAAUUGCGAAAAGUUUUUUAAAGCUGAAUGAUCAAAAAAAAUAUAAUUUCUAAACUUCACACAAUUAUGAUUCCCAAUAGACCUGCACACCUUUUACGACAAAAAUUAAGUAAUAGGCUAAAACAAUUUCAGAUGUAUCGGCAAAACCGUCAAAAAUAAUUAUUCGUACUAAAUUUAGUGGCAAAUGGGUUACUUCUAUGGCCUCAGAUAAUAAUAUAAUAAUCGCCAUUUUACUGGUAUAUACAUAACUACACUAAUUACAUAAUUAAAAACUAGGAUGCAACUAGGCUGCUCAAAAAAAGGUACUCCUGGACGCAAGUAGGCUAUUUUUUUUUUGCGUUUUGAAUCUUUUUUUAGUAGGACGUAAGUCACCUACAGACAACGAUCUCGGACACAAGUAUAAUAUGCACUGAUUGCUUACCGGCACAAUCGGAAAAAGAACCGUUAAGUUUUUUAUAAUAUUCUAUUAUUAUACCUACUAUAUUAAACUGGCUUAAGUUUCAUAAUAAUUAAUAAUAUUAUUAUUGUAAUAAUUAUAUAUACAUCUACUUCGUAAGUAUAUACAAAUUUUUAAUUCGAAGAUAGUUCUGUGGUUCAAAAUAUAUAAAUUUUUUACUUCUGAACCUCCUCCGGAGUUUCCGAAAUUAUUUUCUGUAAUUUACGUGCCUACUAAAUAUGUUAUACUGGUUUUACUAAGAUGUGUUUGUUUUCUGUCUGUGAACAUAAUUAGUCGACUAGAAAUUACGCUCUGAUUUCCGAGUGCGAAUUUUGUCUAGUUGAUGCACCGAGAAUGUGCAUUUUUGAUUUUCCUUUUAGUUUUCUCGAUAAUUGGAAAAAUGUAAAAAGCUGAACAAAACACGCUCUUCCUCGUGGCGAAGUUUAUAUUUGAAAUUCAACCAAUGUUUUAUUAAUACCGCUUAUGAAGAAACACUUAAUCCCGAAUUUUGAGCUCUUUGAUCCAGAGUGAACCGCUAAAAACCUAUACUCCGUAAUACGUUAUUCUCGCGAGUUUUAUUCGGGAUUAUGUUCAAGCUGUGUACUAUAUUAUUAUAUUCAAUCAUUAUAAUUAUUUCCGCAAGAUAAAUAUAUAGGUUUUUUUUAUCUGAUGUCCUUCUUGGUUAUACGAAUCUGGCGUCAAAGUACAUUUUCCAUUUUAAUUACCGCAGAUAUAAAUCGAACACAAAAUAAUAUUUUGUUUCCGUAAUACAACCUUAACGCAGCAAAUAGAGGACUGCAGGUAUUUAUACCUAGGUAGGUGAUACUGUUAUAUAAUAAACGAAGGUAAAAAAAAAAAAAAUUAUUAUCUACUGCCACGAUUUAUUUUCGGCAAGAGUAUCACAGCCAUAUUUCACGUGAACUACAGACGCUUUGUAAAGAUUAGAGCACUUUUUCCCAUUAGCGGUUUCACCACUUAAAACAAGGGUGAUAAAAAAAAAAAAACGCUAAUAUAAAACAUUUUAUAGCCACUUGUUUCAUAAAUACCCAAGAUAUUCUAAUGCCGAAAAAUACGUAUAUGAAUAACGGAUGUCUUAUACGUUUUGUCAAUCGUCCUGUAUUCAGUGUCUAAUUCAGGUAUAUGUCAGGGAAAUAUAUUAAUCCCCCUGAAAUUUUGUUCGCCCUUCCUGUUAAAUAUAGGUAAAUUAAUAAUUGAUUAAAUAACUAAACAAAUUUGAAUGAUCUUAAAAAGAGGGUAGAUAAGAAAAAAAAAGUUCAUAGUUUAAUUUUAGUAAUGCCCCUCCCUAGAAAAAUUGACUGGAUUCAACACUGCCUGUAUUAUGUUAUUUUAAAACGGCCAACCGUAGACGGGAGGGGGGGACUAAAGCUUCCUGAGCCGCUCGCUGAGCACUCCGCCGAUAGUACCCAAAAUAGUAAUUUUGCACAAUUAUUGUUAUUGCUGCACCGACAUAAUAUUAUAAUAAUAAAUAGUAAUUAAAGAAGAUACUUUUAAAAAGUAUUCAAGUACAGAUACAGAUACUUAUUUUCUAAAGUAUUUAAAUAAGUUUUUGAAUGCUCGGACAAAUUUAAGUACAAAUAUAAAUACUUUUCAAAAGUAUUUGUAGAUAUUUUCAAAUACUCAGAUUUCUUUUUUUGUUCGAAAAUGUUAUUCAAGUAAAAAUAUUUUUAAUUUUAUUAUAAUAUUAUAUAUAUUAUACUAUAUACUAUAUAUAUACUGAUACGCAAAAUGAACAAUCUAUAAAUAAAAAUAAAAUUGUUGUAAAAUUUGAAUUAUUUUAUUUAAAUUAUCGUUUCUGUACAUCAAGUAAGACGAAAAAGUAUGUAAAUACUAUGCCACUUUCUUAAAAUGUAUUUAAAAUACGUUUUUGUGUACUUAAAAAGUAUCUGAAUACUCAAGUACUUUACUAGACUGAUAAUAAUAAUAAUGGUAAUGAUGAUAAUGAUGAUAAGAAUAAAAACAACAGAGGACGCGAGUCCGCGGCACGCGAUUGCGAGACAUUUGACCUUACGCGGACGGUAAAUAAUUAUAUAAUUAAUAAUAAUAAUCACAAAAGUCUAUUUGAGGGUAGAUAUAUGCAUGCGAAUUAAUUAUAUAAGAUCAAUUACAACAUGAAAAUGCGUUUAAAAUCACGUGAUAAUUAUAUAAACGCGUUAAAAAGGCGUUAGUAUAAAAAAUAAACACGUCCGUCAAGUUGGCAUUGUCACAUUAUUUUAGGAAUCUACAACUAGUUUCAAUAUUUUUAUAGGGAUUUGCUGGAUUUUGAUAGGACAUUUUUGAAUUUUGCUAGGCCCCACAAACUUUAGAAAUCCACAAACAUGCCGGUACUAUCUUUGUGGCUGCACUAGCACAUUGUCCGAUCCCAAAAAAAAUUAUGCCAAUAUAAUCACUCGAAUUUGCUAGAUUCUGUUUUAGGGCAUUUUUGUACUUUGCUAGGACCCAUAUCGUCUCUAGGUGAGGUUUCAAAUUUUAAACCGAUUAUAAAGCAAAUAAAAUUUAACUUGAUAAUAGAAUUUAAUACUAUUAUUGAAAGUAGAUACAUGAUCAGUAUUGUCAGUAGUUAGGUAUUGGAAAAAAAAAAAAUAAUAACGAUAUAGUGAUAAAAUCGUCUUUAUUACAUCAAUCAAAAUGAAAUUUGUUUAAUAGUCAUUACGAUGUAUCUUGUAUUCAAUUUUUUACAUUUGAUGCUACACUUAGUACGUCAGACUAAUAAAUUCUAUUAGAAAAGUUGUUAACAAUAUGAAAAAUAGACGGACAUACUUUGCACGAUGGGUGGACGAUGAAAAAUUGGGAUGUUAGGAAGUUAAAGAGAUAUAGAGAAGAAUAAUUUAAGCAAAGAUUAAUCAUUGCUAACAAUAAACGAUUCUGAGAAGAAUGUUGCUUUUUAAAACUAUAUUUGUCAUGUAGUAAUAAAAUAAAUAUACAUUGAAACAAUUUGUAUGGAUCAGAAACUAGAUUUGUUCAUCAUUACUUUUUACUGAAACGAUUUUCGUCAAAAUUUGACAUUAAAAUUCCCAUUUACAGACCGGCCACUCCGCCCCUGAGGAAGAUUAACACAUCACGUUCCAAAUAUAGUUUGUUCAAUGGUUCGGCCAUAGAGGAUAAUAUUACUCUACGGGCUCAGCGCAAUAACCAGGUAUCUCCGAAAUAUUAUAUUGGCAUCGUUUUUUUUUUUUUUUUUUUGAAAACGGACAAUAUGCCGAUGUUGAAGUCAAAUUUUAAACCUCUCCCGAAAGCGACAGAGGUCCUAGUAAUAUCGAAAAAUACCCAGGCAAAAUCUAGCAAAUUCGGCUGAAUAUAUUGGCAAAAUUCUUUCUUGAAUCAAACAUUGUGCCGGUGCAGCCACAAAAAUAGCACCAGCACGUUCGUUUGUGGAUUUUCGAAGUUUGCGGGCCAUAGCGAAAUUCAAAAAGGCCCUGGCGUAAUCCAGCGAAUUCUCAGCGAAAUAUCGAUACUAGUCAUAGCGUGCCGGUGCCAACUUGACGGGCAUAAAGUAAACGACGCGUUCCAUUGAUUACAUUCGUAUUAUUACUGUUUGCAGUUUUUCCCGGACCGUCGAAAAUAAUACGUUUACCCCGCACGUAGUUUAACGUUCAAUUAUAUCCGGAAUACCGUAUUAAUCGUUAUUGAAAUAAUAUCAAUGCGAUUUUAUCGGUUUUCGUUUUCUUAAUUUUAUAGCGGGCAUUAACCGAUACUGGUAUAAUACAUUGAUAUUCAACGAACGUGUACCACACCGGCGCCUACCGCACCGAGGAUAUCUAACGCGGUAACGGUGUUCCGAAAACCACGUGACGCGUAUUAUUCGAUAUUACACUUGCGCGUAACAAUAGUCGAGAAAUAAUGUAAUUUUAAGUUUAUGAAAUAUUCAAGUGCCGUAAUAAUUGCUCUUCUCGUUCCUCUAUUAGUGGGGUUCCCCGACAAAUAUCGGCGCCCGCCACGCCGACCGUGAAAGUCUAAACGCGCCUGUGACCCGGUCAACAAGCUGAACGUUGUUUUAUUCCAUAGGUAAUUUCUUUUGUUUUUUCUCGCGCGCGUAAGUCGAAAAUUCCAAAACGAAAAUCGUUUCGCAACGCAAACGGGAAAUCACUUUAUCCCUCCGUUCUUCGUCUAUUAGCUAUAGCGAAAAAACCGAACUCGGCUAUUUUCUUAAACGGUGUACAAAUUGUUUAAACCGUCCGAAAGACUUUCCGAUCGUCGGGUCGAUUAUUUUACACUCGAUUGUAAUUUUACAUCGAUCCGCGAUCCAUGUUAAACGUAUGCUAAUAAGCAAACAAAACAAAACCGAAAUUAAAAGUGCACUGUGCAUUGUUGUAAAUUAUUAUUCUGCGCGUGCGUGGCGCAAUGUAUCUUGGGCACACAGAUCGUACGGGCAAUCGAUCUGUCGCGUGCUACGACGCGGGCCAGCGUGUUGCAGUCGAUCCUGGUGGAUCAGAGCACGGGCGCCGGGAUGUUCGUGUACGUGUCCGACGCCGGCACGGGGAACGUGAUAGUGUACAACGUGUGCUGCGACCGUUCGUUCAAAGUGUACGUGCCCGCGGGCCAAUGCGGACGCCGGGGCAUGAUGUACAUGGCGAUGGCCCGCGUGGACGUAACGGACGAGGCCGCGGGCGGCGGCCCGGUCCGCCAACUGCGGCUUUACGUCACGUAUGGGAUGUCGUGCAACAUGAUGUACGUGCCGGUGCACGCCAUGGACGAGACCACGGUAAGUCUGGCGACCGUGAUCACCGGUCGGAAACCGAGCAAGAUGAUUGUGCUGGGCACCGACCGCGGGUCGGUCAUCUACUUCCGGACCGGCGACAACGGAGACGUACUGAGUUGGGACGUGAACACGCCGUUGCGCGCCGAAAAUUUUAGGUAAAUAAUAUCAUCGCCCGUCGACCCGCGUGCAGAACGCGCCAAAUAAAAUAUAGGCCGCGUCGGUACGGCGGCGAAAUGCGAAACAUUACCGUCAGUCCCCGUAGGCGCGCGGCGUUCGCUCGCUGAACACACAAUUGAAUUCACUUUAAUCGGCGGUCUUAAAACGCCCUGGUAAAUGGCCAGUCUUAUUUUUUUCAUUUAUAGGAAAAACAUCUUUCCUCCCGAUAUUAAAUGUAAGCCGACGUUCGGUAUGUUGGAAUUGUUUUCUCCUCUAAAAACCCGUGUUAGACCCGGGACAAAUUUUUCAAUUGAAAAAAGAACAGCCGUCUUAUUCCGUUCUGAUGACGAGUUAUAUGUGUAUUCGUCAUUUGCAAUGGAUAUCGUUAGCCGUGUGUAUACGACGAGGCUGAUGUAUUUUAUCAAUAAUGGUCGAAUUACUCGCGUUUUAAACGCGAGUAAUGACCGAUAUAAACGCGAUUUACGUAACAUGAUUUUCACUAACCUGUUAACUAUUGUUUAAAUUUAAGAAAACUAUGAAGACGAAAUAGACAAUAGUUAAUACUACUCACGGGUAUGCCACUGUUGUAGGUGGGUAGUCGGGAUUAAACAAGACAUUCAGGAUAACUACGUUAGUUUACGCAAUGACAAAUUAUUAAAAAUGAAAAAACCCAAUACUCAACAAAAAUAAAAUUAAUGUGUCUUAAUUAAUUAAUGACUUUUUAGUUGGUCUCUUAUAAACUGCAUAGAAAAACUAUUGGGAAUCCGGACAAUUUUGUCAAAUUAUUCCCGAAAAUAGAAACUGAAUUGCACUCUGUGAAUUGCGUCAGUUAAAUAAUUUAUAAUCUUUUUCCCGCUACUUUAGGAAACUUUUGGCGGCUCCCUCUGGACCAAAAGAGCUCAAACUCGAAAAUUUUAAUCUUUUUUUUAGAUAAUGAUUGUCUUAUCGAAAAUUUAUCAGCACCUGUAUAGUAUGUAUAUACAUACAUACUAUAAAAGUUUACGUAAACGAAAUGUCUUACACGUCUAAACACACGGUUCGAUAAACACCACCGCGACAACGGCAACUAAUAUUGAUAAAUAUACGAGUUCAAGCUCAAACCUCGUUGACAGUGGCGGAUCCAAAAUUUUCUCAAAGGGGGGGGCUUAUUAUUUAUAUUUUCAAUCAAUUUAGUAUAAAUUAUAUAUUAAAUUAAUAUAAAAUAUAUAAAUAAAAACUGUAGUCCAUUGACAGGGGGGGCACGUACCCCUGUGUCCUUCCCCUACUACUCGCUGCUACCACUCGGGUGCCGAACCGGGUUUAUCCGGUCAGUGGCAUGAUUUGGACUAGGUCUUGGAACUUGAGAGGAGACGGACGGUUUUUUUUUAAAUUCUACAGACGGGCUGGUAGGGGGUCAUGAAGGCUUGUUUUCGGGAGAGAAGCGCGGGUUUUAGAAUUAAAAGGCCAUCUCGAAACAUAAUAAUUAAGACUGUGAAUGAAAUGCAGUGGUAAACCUUAAAAUAUGACGUUAAACAUUAACUAAUCAAACUCAAAAAAAUGAAAAAAGUGCAACAAAAUUUACAUUUAAAGUCUCAAAGAAUGCAACAUAAAAUGCACUUAAAAUUGUUUUUAAUUUAAUUUUUAUGUCUAUUUUGAUAUUACUGAUAUUACUAAUAUUGAUAUAUCGCAAGCCCACAAAUCACUAAUCUAAGCAAUAUUGCCUUAUUUUAUCGAAUCUGCUUGUGUGAUAUAAUAUUUUAUAAAAUAUAAAUUUGACGUUUAUUCACAUUAUAUAGCCUAUGUAAAACAAAAAAUACGUGUAUAAAGAUGACAAUUGACGGGAUUUGAUUAAAAAUACUGGAAAAUGAACUAAUAAAGGAAAAUAUGAUUUAAAAAGUCCAAAAAAUGCAAAAUAAAAGUUUCAUAAAUGAAUUUGUUAGUACAUAAUUCAAAUUAUGUACUUAGAAAGCUACAUUUCACAAUAAUCAAAAAAAUGCAUUUUCCUACAAAUUCACAGUCCUAAUAAUAAUAAUAUUGUCUUACGUUUAUAAACGUUUUUUCUCUUUAAACAAGAAAACGAUUGUUUGCGGGUGUAGUAGUAGUACACAUAUUACGACGGGCAAUGUAAAUAAUACUUAAAUAAAAAAAAAAAAAAAAGCUAUCCUAGGAUAACGGAGACGGGUGCAGCCACUGUUUUAAGUAGAAAGUUGGAAAGGAUAAAUCAUUGCUCACGAAAAAAUGAUUCUGGACGGAGUUCAGUUGAUAGUGAUACUUUGUCAACAAUACAUGUGUCGUAUUAUGGUAAAAUAAUUAAAUAUGCCUAUUUAAUUAUGUAUUAUAUAUUAUAUAUUUUCUUUAAUAAUAUUUGUUUAAAUUGAUUAGAUUUUCUCGUUUUUCCUGGUUUUCCUACGUUUUUUUUCGGAUUUUCACAUUUGCUGAGAAAACUCCUGAGGAUAUCAAUAGAUGAAAUCUUUAAAGUACCUUACCCCAGUAAGAUUUCCUUUUAGAAAAAGUGCUAUCAUUGUGAAUCGGAACAAAAUUGCUGGUAGAAAAAUUUUCCACAGAAUAAAAUAAAUCAUAAUAUUCUACUUAUAUAUUUCGUAUAUUUUCCCGUUUUUCACCAUAUUUUUUCGAUUUCUCACAUUCGAUAACAAAACUCCUGAGAAAAUCGAAAAAUGAACUACUUAUAGCACUACCCCAAGAAAAUUUUCUUUCAGAAAAGGAUCUACAUCGAGUAUGCGUUUCAGUAAGCUAUCUGGGCCGCUAUUUUCAAACUCAUACGAACAGGAUCCGUUUACAGAAAUUGUCAUUUUCACAUGAUAAGAAAAAGUCGUGUUCUCAAAACCUAUCCAUAUAUGAAUCAGUUAUGUUAUGUGAAAAACAUUCACACUAUAGUUUCUGUUAGGGCAGGCAGGUGGAUAUAGUUUUCCGUAUACAGAUCCAGUUUAUACUGAUAUUAAUAAUCAUUUAUUAGAUUUUUACCGUACAAUACGUUCAUAGAAAAGAUAAUGUAAUAUGGCCGAUAUCUGUCACGUGGUGUAAACAAUAAUAAUUAUUAUACAAUCUAUUAACUCUGCGGUAAGCUUUCUAGUUUUUUAUUGGACCCGGUAUACAAUUAAGUAUAUCAUUUAAUCCUUGCUAUUUUUGCAUACUAUUAGCUUGAGUAAAUGUAGCUGAGUAAAUGCCUUUGUGUAAACUGGAUGACUUUUUAAAAAUUCAACCAUUGCCGACUUUUGUUCAUUCGUUAUCGAUUGAUAUUUUUUUCGUUUUUCCAACAUUUUCUAGUAAAUAAUAAAGUGUACCUAACUGUACACUAUAAUUCAAUUUGAAUAUUAGCGGAAAGAAAAUAUUAUGAAUUAUGAUAAAUAGGAAACAAAUAUAAUAAUGUGUACUAUAACAAUUACAAUAAUAUUACUCAAAUGAAAUAGGUAUAUAAAUAAUUAAGCGCGUCAAUGUAUACAUCAAAUUAUCACAUUGAACUUUUUUUUCCAUGGCAAAUCAAAUAUUUUUCGACAUUGCCGCUGUUCAUGGUUUAUCAUUCUCCUACAAACGAUAGUUUGAACAAAUCAGUUCGAGAAUACAAUUUUCCAUUCGUUCAUGGAAAUAUUGUAUGUGAAUAGUUCGUAAACGGAUCCUAUUCGUAUGAGUUUGAGAAUAGGGUCCCUGGUAGAAAAAGUGUUCACAUAAAAAAAAAAUAUAUCUUUGUGAAUGCAUUCUUCGUUCCACUCUGAAUCUAAAAUAAAGACCAGGGGGAGGGAGGGAUUUUGCACCCGAUUCCCCCUCCGUCUUUAAGUCGCUGUAUCCGGUACGUGCGCACCACGUCUAUAAUACUACUUACAUAAAUCUUAAAACCAAAUAUAUAAUACCGUCAAUUGGAGGAGAGGGUUGGCCAUAGCCCCCGUGCCUCGUGCACUGUUUACCUAUGAUCUAGGCUACAGGUCGGCAACAUUUUUACUUACGAGGGCUAUAUUUUGUAACAGCUUUUCAUUUCUAUUUUAGAAAGACUUGAAUAAAAUAUUUUUAGGCCAUUACGUUCUUUAAAAGCAGUUUUAAGAACAUCGUUGUUUUGCAAUUAAACGACUUUCAUCUGUAAAUUAGAUUCAACAUCGUUAAUUUCAACAGAAAAAGGAUUUUGAAUCAACUUGUUUUUUUUCUCUUGUACAUAAAUUUGUAUAGUUUCCCAAUAUAAAGUUAAUUUGGAUGAUUCUAAUAUAAUUGUACAACAUACGAAAUGAUCCAAUCGCUGUUCAUUAAUAUGUCUGUGCAAUAAUUUUAAUUUCACUUGAAAUGAUUUUAUAUCUGAAUACAUAUCUGACAGCAAUUUGUCUUUACCUUGCAGUUUCGUAUUCAGUAAUGUUGUUACAUCAGUUAAAAAUUCAAGAUUAUGAACCCACUUUUCAUUUGAUAAUUCUGGUACAUAUUUUUAAACUUUUCUGACAUAAAAUAUUUAUUUCAUUUCGUAAAAUUAAAACCGUUUCAAAACUACACCUCUACUCAACCACUUUAUUUCGGAAAAAUAUAUUAUAUCCUCACAUUCAGCAUAACCAAAAAACAUUUUAAACUGACGAUGUGCUGAAGCAUAUUUACGUAUGUAGUUAACUGUCGACACCACAAUAUUCAUUAAAAUCAUCCCAUGCUAAAACUUUGCAACACAAUGCCUGUUGACGUAUGACGCGAUGAAAUAUCAUAGGUACUUCACACAUCUUUCUUCCGCCAAUUUUUACAUUUAUUCUCCAAUUAAUCCUCUAUUAAUUCCACUCAUAGUUCUCCCACCGUCUGCAGUAACACCACGAUUAAAGAUAUACUGGUUACACAACGAGGUGCGAUAACGAGACCCCCGAAGUGUCUUUAAUUUUUAACCGAUAAGAAACGUCUUACGACGCUGUUCUGUUGUAAUUGUAAAAUCAACUGACGCAGUGACGGUUAAUAAAUAAUCACGAACCCUCAAGGUGCGAUUCCUGUACACACGUGUCUGCAGACGCGACGCAGCGCGGCGCGAUUUAAAUUUCAGCCGCACUGUCGAUUUUUCGGCCCCACGGCUCGAGUACGGAUUCCAUUGUGUGCGACUGACGCUGCGACGCGCCGGACUGCGGCGAACCAUUCGCUCUAUAUGCAGCAAGACUAUUUUUGCUACAGUAUUUUUUUUUUUUUUUUUUUUUUUGAUUUUUCAGUAUGUCUUUACACAAGACAUGAAAAUUAAUUAUUUUUUUUAUGAAAAUAUUUUACCGUGUGACGUAUGACAGAUAUACUACAUACUAUAUUGUAUUGUUGACAAAGCAACACUAUCAACUGAACUCCGCUCAGAAUCGUUUUUUUCGUUAGCAAUGGUUUAUCGUUGCUUACAGAUAUACAUUAAAUUACCGUCUGUAUCCUACCUGUAUCCAAACUUCCCACCUACAACAGUGGUUGCGCCCACGCGUGAAGUAUGUCAGUCCUUUUUUAAAUCAAGUGUUACAGUCAACGACACACGAAUAAAUGUCGUGUGCUUUUAUCACAGAAUAAAAUAUAAUUUAAUUUCUUCGAAAAUCAUUUAUUCAAUAACAAUAGUGAUAGUACUGUACUGUAAUAUAUGCCAUCUCCUCUCUAGGAAAUUGUUAUAAGCAAAAACCCCUUCCGAAAAAAAAAUUCUGCUCGCGCUACUGAUUUCAAUCUACAAUUGUUCGCCCGCUCUUCGAUUAUCAGUGUAGUCCGUUCCACUAUCGUUUUUGUUUCGUUUCUAUUUCGUAAUCGUAAUUUCGUCUCUUUUGGUUUUUCCCGAUAAUUAGAUAAUAGUUUAGAUAUCAAAAAGCAACUUUCACCGUCAACGGCGAAAUAUUAUAAGGAACAAAAUCGAUCUCAUGUCAGUUUUGGAUCGGAGCAAUAUUUCUGGUAUAAAACGCCGUGUUAACAUAAUAAGAACAAUGAAAACUCCGCGGCGCUGCGGCGCGGGCCGUAAAAAUUUACCGUUUUACCAAUAAUUUUCUUUGCGGUUUUUUUCGAUUAUUUCGAGAACCCCUUGAUAAAUCGAAAAAUUACCUCCUCGGUACACCGACUAGAGAGAAUUACCUAUCAGAAAAGGUGCUACAGCCUACGUUGCGGUGAAAGUUUUCCGGUAGAAAAGCUGUCACACAGACCGAAAAAAUAAAAAACAAAACACAGUAGUAAAACCGAUGGUCCGAAUUUAAAACAUACACGCACGUGCGCUCAAUCGUAAAUAUUAUGUAUAGUUCAAUGUCGUCUGCAAACGACAACAACAUACACACACACAGCUCUGAGUAAUAUCAUUAUCGAAAUGACGACUGCGCGGCAGACAUCAUCCCGAGCAUGUAAUCGCCAACGGUUAUCGUUACGCUAUACAGGUACGUGCUACGCAGCCAAAAGUCCAGGGUACCGUUCAUGGUGACCGCGGGGCUACUCGGUUACCCGUGGUACGUGGAGAGCAACUUUGCCGACUUCUUCGCUGGCGACAUCGGGUGCCUGGGCGUCAGCACUAGAAUCAGACAGUUACAACGUCCCGUCGAAAACGACGACUUUCGCCCGGCGUGCGGGGCCGCCGUGCCAGUGCCGUGCGACGGCCGGAGCACAAACACGCGCGGGCGACGUGGACGGGUCUUGCCCGGACGAGGGCGUCAGAAGACGAACGGGUGA